AUGUAUACUGCUCCUGCUCAGCAUUCGGAUUCAAACCGCAGAAUGAUCGAGCCAAAUGGUUCCACAAAGAGAGUUUAUCAAGUUUGGAAGGGUAGUAAUGUGAGGUUCUCCCAACAUUUUUUUCUUAUUCAUUUCCUCAUCUUUACAAGCUCUCUCGUCUUCCAUCCCCCAAGCUGCAUGAGUUUACGUUCUUAGACAUGAACAACUACCUGGGUUGCGCAAUCUACGUAGAAUUAUUAUUGCUAGAGGAAACUAUUUUCUCAGUGUAUCUGCAACGAUAGGCAAUAGAACAGCAAUAAAACUCAGUUUCUAUUUCUUUCUACCUGUUUUCAGUGUCAAGGUUUGUGAGCGUUCCUAAUUGACCUCAGUUUUAUUAUUUCCACAAAGUGAGCUGCGUAUGGAAGGAGAAUGGAUUGUGCUGGUGCACUUUUUGUGGCAGUAAAGAUUUGUCAGUAUGCAGCUCUUUUACAUGGAAUCUAGACAAUUUAACAAGAGUUAGUUUCUGCAAAGAUGGAUUGUAGGAUUCGGAUGACAACAGGUGACCUUCAUGGAAAUCUUGAAGAUAAACUUUUCACAAUUGGGUCAUGAAGUAAAACCUGGGGUUGGGAAUCAUGGGGAGGUUUGGUGUCGGGAAGUAUUUACAGUUGUUAGAUGAAGCCAGUACUUUCGUCUCUUAUAAGGGCUCCAGUGUCCAUGUGAUUCGACGAUUAUGGUGAUCUAAAUGCUAGUAUUGUUAAUGACUCGAGAGUUUUCCAGUGAGUAAAAUUAAAUGUCGUUGAGAAAGAGGUUGGCACGCACAAAUAUAGGCGGAGGAAAAGCGUUUUAAGGAGCAUUUACCUUGGCAGGUCUUCUCGGAUUCUGUCUGGCAAUCUAAUAAAAUUGCAAGAAUAAUGAUUCCCAAGGUUAAUCCAAGUAGCAGCGAAGUGCCCAUGGAUCACUAUCUACCAACCCACAUGCAGUGCUGAACUUCUUGAGUUAUGAUACUUAUACCGUACAAUAUAUGUAUAUCUUCUUGGUUCAACCCUACAAUGGUUGUACUGACCAGCUGAACGACGGUAUCACAGGCCUUCGAGUCUAUGAAGGCCAUGACAGGGUUUUCAACAAAGCCUUUGGAUCCAUUUUCUGCAAGGGAAAUCUUAUCUAGGUUAGGCAUCUUUAAUUAUACGGUGAUGUUGCUGCCUUUAUUUUAAGCAUCUUCUACGGCGUGUGGUGCUUCCUCUUUAAAAAAAAAAGAAAUUUCUGGUAGUUCCUAGUUCGAAAAAUCUUCAUGACUUUCCGUGUUUGUCAGAUUCUGUACUUGAGCAUUACCAAAAAAAUUGUCGAUGACUUGGCCAUCUACUUGAAUGGGAAGGAUCAGUUGUUCAAUGAGUCACCAUUAUAAAGAAUAGGACGUUAGACAACCCCAAUGCAUAUUGUUCAACUUAAGUACAGCAUUCGUGGCAAACACCAAAGGAUAUCGAGACGAGGAGCCAUAUAUCUCCUUCAUUCGCUUUCACUUAAUAUGAUGUUAAUAAUAAUUAUUUUAAUAAUAAUGUUUCAUUAAUGUCUUCUUCGUAUUUUCCUUUGCAGAAAUUCUUCUUAGGAGGGCGGUUUAUAUUUGGCCCAGACGUAAGGUCACUGGUGUUAACAGUGUUUCUGAUAGUGGUUCCAGUCAUUCUGUUCGCUGUGUUUGUUUCCCAGCAGCUUGUACACGAAUUCCAUCACCAUCUAGGGAAUCUCAUAAUAGCCAUAGCUGUUGUCUUUGCUGCAUAUGUAAGUUUCUUCUUUCCGUUUGAGAUUGUUGCGAAAAUGCGUAAUAAUGUUUCUAAGCUUGUUUACUGAACAUUUUAUAUCUACUCCUUCCAGAGUUUUUCUCAUUUGAUGUGGUCAUAUUCAUAAUCUGCGUACUUGUAAACAUAUGGUUCUGUCACUGAAGGAUCAUUUAUAUAAACUACUCGUUGGUCAUCGUUGAUUUGGAGUUGGCAAUGCCGGAUGCCCUUCUCAAUUCCCCACUUAUAAAACCUUUUCUAGAAUCAGUUUUUUUUAUUUAUUCACUGAAUUCACUUCUUUGCAUCAGGAAUCAUGUGAUCGUUUUUUUGCACGCAGGUUCUGUUGCUUCUCUUUAUGACAUCUGGCGGAGAUCCAGGCAUAAUUCCUCGUAAUGCACAUCUUCCGGAGACAGAUGAGAAAGCUGAGACGUCACAUCUAUCUGCAGACUGGACAGGAAACCGCGGUGGCGCGUUGCCCCCUACCAAGGACGUCAUCGUUGGUGGAAUCGUCGUCAAGGUUAAAUAUUGCCACACAUGCAUGCUUUAUAGACCACCGCGGUGCUCCCACUGUUCCAUCUGCAACAACUGCGUUGAACGCUUUGACCACCAUUGCCCUUGGGUCGGCCAGUGCAUCGGAAAAGUAAGCACCAUCCUGUGUUUUUCUUCCUCCUGCAGCAUCAUCCGAACCUUGAAUCAUCUGGGUUUUUUUUCUUUUUUUUUUUUUCCAUCCAAUGGCGAAGACUUUGGCAGAUUAUAGCUCUUAAGAACGUCAUCAUUCGUCCUUGUGACCCACAUGCUCUAUUCCUUGAGCUGUAUCCACUCUACGCCCUUCACUGCCGGAUUAUGCAUGCAUGAUUUUAGCUCACACAACGUCGGAACCUUUAUAACUUUCCAAUCUUUAUGCCGCUAUCAUCAUCAUCUCAGUGGGGGUGUAUGAGAAUGCUUCUUCCCCUCUCCCAUUCGCAGAAACUAUAACUGAUGAUUCCUUGAUUAUACUUCGGAUUUAGUCACUUCUCUCUUCUUCUUCUUCUUUUUUUUUUUAUUCUUGUUGUUUGUUUGUUGUGUGUGCAGAGGAACUACCGAUUCUUCUUCAUGUUUGUUUCCUCGACAACUCUUCUGUGCCUCUAUGUGUUCGCCUUCUGCUGGGUGAAUCUCAAGGAGAUCAUGGCGGCCCAUGGGUGCAGCCUCUGGAGGGCCUAUCUCAAGUCGCCCGUGUCCGGCAUCCUCAUCCUGUACACGUUCAUCGCGGCCUGGUUCGUCGGAGGAUUGACCUCGUUCCACGCUUACCUGAUCUGCACCAAUCAGGUGGGUUCCCCCAAGGGUCAACCCCAAUUCUCUCCAAUAAUAAUAUCAUUAAUCCAUAUUCUGUCUCUGAUGCAGACGACUUACGAGAACUUCCGGUGCCGGUACGAAGGGAAGGGGAAUCCGUACAGCCGCGGAUGCGUGGGAAAUAUAAGGGAGAUCCUCUUCAGGAGGACCCCCAGGUCGAGAAAUGACUUCAGAGCGGCGGUCAAGAGGGAGGAAGGCGGCGGCGGCGCCGUGGGGUCUUCUUCCUCGGCGGGCGUCUUCUUCCCCUCUUCCCUCUCUGUGGCCAGGACGAGCUUCGACUUGGAAGCAGGCGGGAAGCGGCAGGCUGUGGCGGCAGAGGAGUUUGAAGAUAUAAGAAGCCAGAUUGAGGUCGGCGUUGCGGCGGAGCGGUGCGGCCCGCGGCCGGCGCAUUCGAUCUGGGCCGACCCGCUCGGGAUGGAUCACCAGGGAUUCACCAAGAGAGAGAGGGUGGACCCAGAGGAGGAGGCUGUUCGUAAGUAA